AUGAAGGUCUCUAUUGCUGCCCUUAUUCUGGCGGUUACCUCGGCCAUUGCUACUCCCAUUGCCAGUAAGCGCGAUGGCUCGUUCGUGAUCAGUGAUCUCAAGGCGCGCGAGUCUCUCUCCAACACCAUGAGCUUCAAGCUCCAGGACGGCGAUGCCUCAAUUGAUUGCAACCUGAUCUGGAGCGGAAAGGCACCAGAGGAAAAUGCCCGAUGCAACGACAGCAAGCAUCUUAUCCAAUUCCCCGAUGGCUUUGAGUUUGGAAAGUUUACCCUGGCGAUUGAGCGUAUUGAGCCCAACCCGAUAGGUGGUCGUGCUUAUCUUGAUGAGCACGAUGGGAAGUGGAACUGCGUCGACAACCCGGAGGACCACGUCUACAAGGACUGCAAGUACGACGUGUCAUUUCAUAUUGCGAUGCCGAUCUUUUAUAAAGGCUUCUUGACCCCACCACCGGCUAUUCCCAACCAUUGCCGAGGGUCCGAGGAUUGUGAAACCAUGACAACCCGAACAGAGCGUCUAGCCACCUGGGCCUCGGGACUGCAAUAUGAUGACAUCCCACAGGAUGUGAUCCAGCGGACCAAAGACCUCUUCCUGGACUGGUUCGGGUGUACCAUUGCUGGCCGUCAUCACCCUGCUGUGAAGGCCAUUGCGAUCUUUGUGCAGCAGAUGGGCCCCACGUCAGGGAAGAGUGAGUUGGUAGAUAGCGAGCUGGGUUUCAGCACAAGCCCUGCCUUUGCAGCAAUGGUAAACGCGGCUUCAUCGCACGUUGUGGAGCAGGAUGAUUUGCAUAAUCGAAGUAUUUUGCACCCUGCGACGGUUAUCUUCCCUGCUGCUUUGGCCGUGGCGCAGGAUGUAAAUGCGAAUGGAAGAGACUUCAUUACGGCCUGCGUGGUUGGAUACGAGGUAGGAUGUCGGGUAGGAGAAUUCCUUGGGAAGAGUCACUAUGCACGUUUCCAUUCCACUGCAACUGGCGGGGUCAUUGGUGUGGCCGCUGCAACGGCCCGUCUUCUGGGUCUCGACUCCGCGGCCAUGCUAUCAUCGAUCGGAACUGCGGGAACCCAGGCGUCGGGCUUAUGGCAGUUUCUCUUGGAUGCUACGCAUUCAAAGCAAGUUCACACGGGCAAGGCCUGCUUCGAUGGAAUCUUCGCCGCCUACGCCGCGAAAUCCGGGUUAUUAGGGCCUAAGGAUGUGCUGGAAGGGCCUAAGGGCAUGGGCGUCGCGCUCGUCCCGGAUACGCCCAUCCCCACUGCAAUUGAUACGGACCUCGGACUUGAUUGGGCCGUGCUGGGAAGUAGUUUCAAAUGGCACGCAUCCUGUCGCCAUACCCAUCCAAGCGUUGACGCCUUGCUACACAUUCUUUCCGCACAUGCUAUCAAAUUCGAAGAUAUUGACUCGGUCGUAACGAGAACAUAUCAAGCAGCAUUCGACGUACUCGGGCUCAGUGGACGGGGUGAAACAAUCCAUCAGAGUAAAUUUAAUAUGGGAUUCGUUCUCGCUGUAACGGCGCAGAAGGGGCAGGCAUUGAUAACGGAUUUUAAAGAGGAAGCACUGCAGGAUGCAUCAUUGAGGAAUUUCCAGGAACGUGUUAGGAUGGAAUUGGACGAGGAUAUAAAUGCGGCAUUCCCGCAAAAGUGGCAGGGCCAGGUAAUUGUAACUUGCAAGUCUGGUGAGAGAUAUGAAAAGUUUGUGGAGUAUUUGAAAGGAGAUCCCCAAAGUCCAUUGACGAGAAACGAGAUUGAGACCAAAUUUAAGGCUCUGGCCCAGUAUGGUGGAGUGAAAGACGCAGAUCGGAUCCAGCAAAUUAUCACCAGGGCAUGGAACCUCGAGAAUCAAGACAGUCUCAAGGAACUGUGGCUCUAG